AUGCCUCCCAAGAAAAAGGUCGCCGCAAGCGAUGGCACUGAAGCUGAGGGCGGUACUUUCCGCUGGACCCUCGAAAACGAGCGCAAGCUCCUCGUGCUAAUCCAAGGCCGCUACCUCACAUCUGAAGACUACGAGCGCCUCGUGACGGUGUUCCCGGGGACAAACUACAACGGGGUCAAAAUCAAGGUGUCGCGGUUCCGCGUGGAGCAGCGCAAGCUGUACGACGAGUACGGCUGGGUUCUUCCUGAAGGCGGCGCCAAACUGCGCAAGACGGAGACGCCGGCAAAGGACAACAACAGCAGCAGCAGCACUGCGACGCCCAACAAGAACAAGCGUUCCGCCGACGAUGCAGAUACCGAGACGCCGACCAAGAAGCCGCGUGCGCGUAAAUCCAAGCAGAAGAAGGAAGAAGAGACUUCUGCUAGUGCUGCGGAGACGGAGACGGAGACGGAGAAUGGACUCGAUGGUGGUGGUGGUGGUGGUGGUAUCAAGGAGGAGGAAGUUGAGACUCAAGUUUGA